CGAACCGAGCACUAUUUCAUUCAUUUUUAUAAUCAGUGAAGAAUGUAAACAAGUGCUUAUUUUUGUGAUCAUUAUUAAUUCACAUUUUGCGGAUAAAUGAGUAUAUAAUUUGCGUGGACACGAUCCAAAAUGCGUCGAGAAAAAACUGCCGACACUGUUCGACCGUUUAAGCUAGCGCAUCAAAUACUCAGCCUAACCGGUAUUAGCUUUGAACGAAAAAGUAUCAUUGGAUUCGUUGAGUUGACCAUCGUUCCGGUGAAGGAAGUGCUGAAAAUUAUUCGGCUAAAUUGCCGCCAGUGCCGCAUUUAUCGAGUUAUAUUGAACGACAGCUACGAGGCCACUUUCCACUAUUUUGAUCCCUUUCUUGACAUUUGUCAGGGAGAAGCCAAGUCUAAAUCAUUGGAAGUGUUUUCAAAAUGUCAUCUGGAAGCAGCGAAAAAAACGGACCCGGACAACAGCGCCGGCGAAUUGGUGAUUGUGAUUCCCGAGCAGGCGUCACACUUGAUAGGAGAAGGUCGUGGACUUCGAGUGGGGAUAGAGUUCUCGCUAGAAGAUCCCUCAGGUGGGGUGCACUUUGUAAUCCCCGAAGGAGAAGGGACUAUGGAAGAACGAGCAGCGCACAUGUUCACCUAUGGUCAUGAGAAUUCUUCAAGGCUAUGGUUUCCGUGCGUGGAUAGCUACGCGGAACCUUGUACCUGGAAGUUAGAAUUUACUGUGGAUAAGAAUAUGACAGCAGUAUCGUGUGGAGAGUUGGUGGAAGUCGUAAUGACUCCGGAUCUGAGGAGAAAAACCUAUCAUUAUACGGUAUCGGUUCCGGUUUCAGCUCCGAAUAUUGCAUUGGCUGUAGGUCCGUUCGAAAUCUAUGUGGAUCCACAUAUGCACGAAGUAACUCACUUCUGUUUGCCCCAACUAAUGCCACUGAUGAAGAACACCGUUCGCUAUAUGCACGAAGCUUUUGAAUUCUACGAGGAAGCCCUAACACAACGAUAUCCGUUCAGUUGUUACAAGCAGGUGUUCGUCGAUGAGAUCGAUAACGAUGGGAAUGCUUAUGCGACAUUGUCGAUACUAUCGACUCAUCUACUUCAUUCGAUCGCCAUAAUUGAUCAAACGUUUGUUUCACGUAAGGUGAUGUCGAAGGCAAUAGCGGAACAGUUUUUCGGGUGCUUCAUAACGAUGCAGAAUUGGUCUGAUGCUUGGUUGGCUCGAGGCAUCGCUGAGUAUAUGUGCGGCUUAUACUCUAAAAAAUGUUUCGGCAACAAUGCCUAUCGUGGCUGGAUCCGCGAUGAACUUGCAGAGGUGGUAAAGUAUGAAGAAAAGUUUGGCGGAAUCAUCCUUGAUUGUAGUCAAGCGCCAGCUCCACCAGCUGUUUCCAGUAUCAAUCAAUCGCCAGCGGCACCUGCAAAAGCGUACAAUGAUAAUCCGUUCUAUUUUCCUAUUAAAAAUUUGCAUACAAUUUCUCCAAAGUAUGUUGAAAUAAUGAGGAAAAAAGCUCAUUUGGUAAUCCGGAUGUUGGAACAUCGAAUUGGACAAGAGCUAAUGUUGCAAGUAUUCAAUAAACAGCUAGCUCUGGCCUCAAACGCCGCUUCAACCAAAAUAAGCAGCGGGUUGUGGCAUCACCUACACAUUUCAACUAAUAUCUUCACCAAGGCUAUAUUUACGGUGACCGGAAAAGAUAUGGCCGUUUUCAUUGAUCAAUGGGUCCGCACAGGCGGUCAUGCUAAAUUCACUAUGACAUCAGUGUUCAAUCGAAAAAGAAACACGAUUGAGUUAGAGAUUCGCCAGGAUGCUGUUAAUCAGAAAGGAGUUCGUAAAUAUGUUGGUCCUCUACUGAUUCAAUUGCAGGAACUGGAUGGAACAUUCAAACAUACGCUACAGAUCGAAAAUAUUGUGGUAAAAGCGGACAUAACCUGUCACUCGAAAAGUAGAAGGAACAAAAAGAAAAAAAUCCCUUUAUGCACCGGUGAGGAAGUUGACAUGGAUCUUUCUCCAAUGGACGAAUCUCCCGUGCUGUGGAUCCGUCUAGACCCUGAGAUGACAUUGCUACGGUCGGUUCACAUCGAACAGCCAGACUUUCAGUGGCAGUUUCAGCUGCGACACGAGCGUGAUGUCACCGCCCAAUUGGAAGCUAUCGACGCAUUGGAGAAGUAUGCCUCCCCAGCAACACGUCUGGCCCUUACCGAUACCAUUGAAAACGAACAGGUUUUCUACGAAGUGCGCUGCAAGGCGGCUCUGUGUCUAACAAAGGUUGCCAAUGCAAUGGUCACUUCUUGGCAGGGCCCACCCGCAAUGCUAACAAUUUUCAAAAAGUUUUUCGGCUCCUUCAGUGCACCGCACAUCAUCCGGCAGAACAAUUUCACAAAUUUCCAGCACUAUUUCCUGCAAAAAACAGUGCCGGUUGCAAUGGCAGGUUUGCGAACGGCACAUGGAAUCGUUCCACCGGAGGUGAUUCGGUUUUUGUUGGAUUUGUUCAAGUACAACGACAACACGAAAAAUCAUUAUUCGGAUAACUAUUAUCGGGCGGCGUUGGUUGAAGCGCUCGGAAACUCAAUUACUCCCGUUAUUUCCGUGGUGCACCAGGGUAUGGCCCUGACUUCGGAGAAUCUAUCGGCGGAUGCGAAAUUGGUCCUAGAAGAAGUCACCCGUAUAUUGAACCUGGAAAAACAUCUACCGUCCUACAAAUACACGGUCUCGAUCGCUUGCCUGAAGGUUGUUCGCAAACUACAGAAAUGCGGCCACCUACCGACGAACCCGAAAAUUUAUCGUAGCUACGCAGCAUAUGGGCAGUACAUUGAUGUGCGUGUUGCGGCAAUGGAAUGUUUGGUGGAUUUUGUGAAAAUCGAUGGACGGUGGGAAGAUUUGGAGCACCUGAUUGAUCUCUUGGAAACUGAUCCAGAUCCUAUGGCUCGACAUAAAUUGGGGCGAUUGUUGAUAGAAAACUUACCGUUCGACAAAAGCAACAGACAUCGGUUGGAUCGUGAGGAGUUGGCUCUCAGGAUUUGGAACAAUAUGAAUGGUUUAUUAUCGCACGAUACACGGCUUCGUUGUGACAUGGUAGACUUAUACUACACUCUUUACAAUGUCCGCGUUCCUAACUGCUUGCCAAAUUCGGAGUUGGCGUCAAUUCUGAAGCCACAGAAACUUGCAUCUUCCUUCGCAGCUGUGGCCGAUCUUGAUCGAGAACCAGAGAACGAAAAAUCUCCUGAUGUUGAACUAGAGCCGUUUCCACCGAAACGGGCUAGAUCUGUCAGCCCUCUAGACAUUAAACCGUUGGAUCUCAUGGAUAUAGGACCGACCGAAUUGCUCUUACCGAAAAGCCACCAAGGGUCACCUAUGUUGGAUGAAAUUCGAGAGGAUAUCAUUUUGGAAACAGUAGAUUCCACUAUUAAAACCGAGAUUGUUGAAACCGAAAAACCGCAAGAACUGAAAGAGGAAAUUAUCGAUCUAGAUGAUAACAAUUCAGUGUCACAUGUCAGUCCCGAACAACCGUUGUUGAAGAAGUCGAAGACGGAGUUUUACUCCGACAAUUCUAUAUCAUUGCCUGGGAUCAUACCGAGCAGUAGCUCGGUUACUGGCCCAACUGGUUUUGAGCCGGGUAUGUUUGGAAAAUCAUCAGAACCAGCGGCAACAUCUGAGCCAAGUAUUAGCGGUAAAUCGGAUGGAAGCAAGAAAAAGAAAAAGAAGGAAAAGAAGAAACACAAGCACAAACAUAAGCAUAAACAUAACAAAGACAAAGACCGUGAUCGAGAGAAGGAACGAGAAAAAAGCAAAGAGAAGAAGGAUCCCAAUGUGGUGCGUUUGAUCAAGGAAGACACCCAGGAAACGCUGAGCUCAGCUGAUAGCUCAAGUAGGGAUAGUAAUCCAACCACUUUGGAUUUAACGUUGUAGGGUUUGAAGAUUCAGUUUUAAUUAAGAAAGUAAGAAUAUAUAAAUGUCUAUUUCUGAAAAUUUA